GACGCCUCUCAGCAGUCUCCAUAUCCACGUUUCUCGAAUUGUGCUUCUUUCCGUUGCCACAUGGUGGCCGUCUAGGCGUCCUCGCAGCGAGUCCAGUCACUUCGGUUCGCGCUUGCUACUCUCACGAUCGGUAUUUCGCCGAAGACUCGCUUUUCCUUUUAACCGUUCCUCUUCUCUUUCAUCCCACUGCUUUGUUCUUCUCUACCCUACCAACAUCAGCCAAGAUGGGCAACCUCAACGAAACCAACAGCAUGGAGAUGCGUGAAGCCAGCAAAGACUCCAUCUCUUCUCUCGAUCGUACCUCCGAUGAGCCAAAAUCAGCAGGCUUUCAAGAAAAGCAUGUCGCAAAAGCCUAUCCCACAGCCGCUGAAGGGCCCAAACUGAGGCGGCUGUUCAGUUUCGCCCAGCUCCUGGCCUUUUCAUUGACGUUUAUGGAAUCAUGGGAAGUGAUGGCAAUCAACAUCUCAGCAACAUUCUGGAACGGCGGUCCCAGAUCUUUGAUAUGGGGUUGCAUCGCUGUGGUUGGAGGAUCUCUCGCACAAGCAUAUUCAAUGGCCGAGUUGGGAUCCAUUCUUCCCAUUGCCGGCGCCCAAUACCAUUGGACUCAUAUUAUGGCCCCGGAGAGCACGCGCAGAUUCAUCACAUGGAUGCAAGGCUGGGUCACCUGGUUCGCCUGGGUGUCUGCCCUUGCUGGGAGUACUUCUGGUGAAGCCGCCCUCCUGCAAGCCUUGAUCGCCGAGAACGUCCCAGGAUACACACCAGAAAGAUGGCAUCUCACCCUCAUUAUGUGGGCACUGCUCAUCAGCGUUGGCCUGAUGAACAUGUAUACCUUCUGGCUGAUCCCUUGGCUUGAGUUGACCGCUGGGAUCAUGCACGUCGUUCUCUUUAUCAUCUUCACGGUUGUUCUUGUCACCCUGGCUCCGCGACACGAUUCUCACUUUGUCUUCUUUACGGACUCGACACAAUCUGGAUGGGACAGUAAAUUCGUCGCCUUUAACCUUGGAAUGCUGGCUCCUGCUUGGGGAUUCAUUGGCUUCGAUGGUGUCGUCCACAUGUCCGAAGAAGUCCGCAGAGCCAAGCAUGCCGUCCCUCGUUCAAUGAUUUUGACCAUUGUUAUCAAUGGCGUUAUGGCAUUUGCAAUCAUUUUGGUGCUGCUUUACUGUCUGGGUGACCCGAACACGACUCUGGAUGCAUCUUACCCCAUUGUCAACAUCUGCUAUAACGCCACAGGAUCAUGGGCAGCAACAAACGCUAUGGUGUCUAUGCUGAUCAUAAUCACCUAUUGUGUGGUAGCAGCUAGUGUUGCUUCCGUCUCCCGAAUUACCUGGGCUUGGGCUCGUGAUGGUGCUCUCCCGAAGUGGCUUGCCAUUAUCGAUGCGAAACAUCACGUCCCCACAAACGCACUAUGGGUGCCGAUCGUCAUCGUCAUGCUCCUUUCCCUUUUGAACAUCGGUUCGACUGCGGCCACCGCUUUCAGCGCCUUCACUGCGCUCUCCUCCCUUGGCCUGUACACUUCCUACAUUAUCGCCAUCAGCUGCAUCCUGCAUGCACGUCUGACGGGCCGACUCGGCGACAAGCCGGAAUCGCCCGUACAAUAUGGAGGCUGGCGCAUUUGGAAGGGUUUUGCCAUCCCAAUCAAUAUCCUCGCGCUGGUCUGGACCAUCUACCUUACGAUCUGGCUUCCCUUCCCGACCACGAUUCCUGUCACCGGGACGAACAUGAACUAUGCUCUUCCCAUUUACGUCUUCGUCAUUCUCUGCUCGCUGGGAUACUGGUUCACCUGGGGUCGCAAGUCAUGGCCCGGUCUGAACCUUGCGGCCAUCGGCAUGGUUGAGGCGCACGACUAAUUGCGACCGAGAUCGAGGAACUGCGAAAAGAGGCGGACGAUACAUCAUACAUGCACGGGAAACUACCAUUUGGCUAUUGCGAUGACGGCGGGCUGGACACUUUUCAGAUCACGUUGUCUCGCGAACCUGGACGGAUUUCCUGCAUCCAAAUGGCGUUCAAAUUGGCAAGAGGCUGUUGGCAAAGCUCUUUGGGAUUCCGGAGUACUGUGGAUUGGAUGGAAAUUUAUCAACGUGCUCCUUGGCUGAUUUCUACAGCUUCGAAGACCAAAAGACAAAUACCGGCAAUUCUUCCGCCAAACAAAUCAAUGUAGUACAUACUUUCUAGCCAAAACAAUAUACUCUGUAUAGACGUUCACAUUGUACAGCCAUA